GUUCGAUUCAGUUUCAUGGCGGCCAUCGGAGCAUCUAUACGCCUCGCCGGUUGCGUGUCGCCGUUUCUCAGUGGCGGACCACCACCUUGUACGGGGAAUAACGAAACGAGGUGGGAUUUUAGCUGUUUCUACGGAACGGAUAGGAAGAGGAACCGGUUUUGGAGAGAACGAAAAGCUUGAUAAGAAGAUGAAUCUGAAAACGGUGACGGAAGAAACUGAGGUGAAACCUAAUAUAUAUGCAAACCCGGAGGAGUUGCCGGAGUUUGAGGAGGGUAAAAAGUGGUUAAAGGAUUAUUUUGAAGAGUGUAAAGAGAUGAUCAGAUCGGACGGUGGUCCGCCUCGUUGGUUCUCACCUUUGGAGUGCUCUUCUUCUACUUCUCCAGACUGUCCUUUGCAUCUGUUUUUGCCUGGAAUUGAUGGCAUUGGACUUGGACUUAUAAUGAUCUUUGAAUGAAGGAUGUUCAACAUUUGGUGCUUGCAUAUUCCUGUGCAGGAAAGAACGCCAUUUAAUGAUCUAGUGAAGC